UCUACUUCACCUCAAGCAACUUUACUCGCACUUCUGGAUUGUGCCCGCGCGAUAAGAUGGAGAUCGACAAGAUGUUCAAGAUUCCGUCCGCCCCUGUGGGGAAAGGCACAAAGAGGAGGAUGCCUGACCUUCCGUCCGCAGACAUCUUGAAGCGGUUCAAGCUCGACACGGACGACAGGGACCCCUCCUUGGGCUUGAGCGGACGCGCAGCUAGAGUGGAGGAUGAGAACGAGGAGAGCCACGGGAUGGAAGCAGCGGAAGAGCCGCAGGAGCCUCACGGCGAUGUCGAUGACGAGGACGACGACGAGGGUGGCCGCUUUUUCGGCGGUGGCCUGAAUCACGAGCAAACGAAUAUCCUUGACAUCUUCGAUAAGGCGGGAGAUGCUGAAGGAACCACCGCAGCCCUGACCUUGCCACAAUUGCGACGCUUGAUAGGCCUAUUUGAACGUGUCGUAGCGAAGAACGCUGAGCAGCGCGGCAAGUAUCCCGACGAUCCCACCAAGUUCAUUGACUCGGAGGCGGACCUCGACGCCAUGCUGAAGCAAUUCCUGCCACUGACGGAGAAUCCGGCUCUCUACUAUCCGGAGCUGAUCGACUCUGGUGUCAUUGGCCUCUUCGCCAAUCUCCUGAGUCACGAGAACACCGACAUUACCGUGGAUGUUGUCCAGGUUUUGCAAGAGUUGACGGACGAGGAUAUCGGUGAGGAGGAUGAGCUAGAGGAGGAGAAUGAUGGCAACGAGGUUGGAGGUGCCGCAGCCACGCGGCUGGCUCUCGCGCAAGUGGUGGACGAGCUGCUCAGCCACUCUAUCUUCGAGCUCUUGGUUUCAAAUCUUUCGCGGCUUGAUGAAGGGGAAGAAGGUGACAGCCAGGGUGUUUUCCACAUCUUAGGGAUGUUCGAGAACCUGCUCACAUUCAUGCCUCCACUGGCGGACCAGCUCGUGUCAUCCACCAAUGUUCUGGCUUGGCUGCUUAACCGUGUCAGCAAAAGCACGUUCGACAGCAACAAGCAGUAUGCCUCGGAGAUUCUUGCCAUCCUUCUGCAGCGCGCAGCCAAUGUCGAAAAGGCACUUGAGCUUGGUGGUGUUGAAACCCUAUUGAUGGUUCUCGCGCAAUAUCGCAAAGCGGAGCCCAGGGACGGCGAGGAGCAAGAGUUCAUGGAAAAUAUCGUCGACUGCCUGUGCUUUCUGUUGUCAACAACGCGCGGGCGUCAAGAAUUCUUCGACACUGAGGGCGUCGAGCUGAUGCUUCUCAUCCUGAAAAAAAAGCAACUAUCAAGUCUUCGCGCACUUAAGGUGCUCGAUUACGGCCUUCAGACGGAGGCCGGGGCCAAUAGCUGCGAGCGCUUUGUGGAAAUGCUCGGCCUCAAGACUAUGUUCUCAUUCUUCAUGGGGAAGACCGACAAGAAGAAGCGGCAGGCAGCGCCCAACUUCGAAGAUGACGAGCGCAUUAUGAGCGUAAUUGCUACGCUAUUCUCAAACUUGGCCUCUGACUCCCCCGCCCGAUUGCGGCUGGUGGCCAAGUUUGUGGAGGAAGACUAUGAGAAGGUUGACCGGCUCUUGGAGUUGCGGGAGCAGGCGUCAGCCAAACUGCGCCCUGUCGAUCGACAGAUCGCUGCAUCUCGAGAUGAGCUCGGCGCAGAGAUUGACGACGAACAGGAGCAGGAGUGGUACCUGACCCGACUUGCAGCAGGAUUGUCUGCCCUGCAGACCGCUGACGUGAUUCUUGGAUGGAUUUGCAUGGAGGACGACGGAAUCAAAGCCCAUGCCGAAUCGCUGAUGGCGCGCAAAAGCCUGUCCAUGCACGACGUGGUCAACGUUAUAAAGGAACGUGCGAGCCACAUCGAUGUCGACGAAGAGGAUGUAGACCCCAGCGUCCUCCAGCAGCGAAUGAUUCUAGAUGGCCUUAUCAACUUCCUUGGAGGUGGCCUCUGAUAUACGGGAGCAGUUCUCAGCAUGCGGGGGCA